AUGCCGAGCCUGCGCGCGCUGAGAUCAGCGCGCCCAGGCUUCGCGGACCUCUCCGCGAGCAGCGGCAGCGCUGCCGCUGCUUGCGGAGAGUUGCCGGCAUGCCGAAGCCUGCGCGCGCUGAGAUCAGCGCGCCCAGGCUUCGCGGACCUCUCCGCGAGCAGCGGCAGCGCUGCCGCUGCUUGCGGAGAGUUGCCGGCAUGCCGAAGCCUGCGCGCGCUGAGAUCAGCGCGCCCAGGCUCGCGGACCUCUCCGCGAGCAGCGGCAGCGCUGCCGCUGCUUGCGGAGAGUUGCCGGCAUGCCGAGCCUGCGCGCGCUGAGAUCAGCGCGCCCAGGCUUCGCGGACCUCUCCGCGAGCAGCGGCAGCGCUGCCGCUGCUUGCGGUGA